UUGCAAGUUCGCUGUGAAAGUGACAACGAAAUGAUGACCAACAUGAAAAAUUCACUAUACGAGUCCAUGAACAGUAGAUAUUCAUCAGUGAAAAAACUCCCUUCGUUGAUGGUAGCGACAAUAUUGGACCCAAGGUUUAAGUCUAUGUACCUCAAUUCCAAUGAAGUAGACAUUGUUGUUACAGAGCUAAUAUCUUUCUUGACCGAGUCUGAAGGCAACAAAAAAUCAUCCCGCAACACUGAUAAUGAUAACGCCAAUGUUUCUGUGGCUUCAACUUCAACAUGCGUCCCGCAAGCUCACAGCAUACAGCAAGAAAAAGAAAGUCUUUGGGAUGUGCACGAUAAUACGUCUAGUCAAACAGAGACCACAGAAUCUGAAGGCACAAACCACUUUCUAAAAGAAAAGAUUCAGUCUUACCUAUCGGAGCCACUAUUACAACGUAAUGCUGACAUAUAUAGUUAUUGGAACUGCAGUCCAUAUCCUAUAUUGAGAAGUGCUGUUUUAAAAUAUCUUUCAGCUACACCUACCAGCGUCCGGAGCGAGCAGUUAUUCAGUGCAGUUGGCCAAAUAUACUCGGAUCGUGACAAUAAUUUAAAUGGCGAAAAUGUAGAAAAACUGCUUUUCAUGGCGUACAAUAUUUAA